AAUAAAAACCCAACCUCUUCUCCCAUUCUCUCUCACCCCAAUAACUCCAAAGCUUUAUAUACUACUCUAAAAAACAAAACUCUAUCAUUCACCCAAAAACAACACACAACCUACAAAUGAGGAUCAUGCAAGAAUCUCAAUCUUUCAUUAUACCAACCACAAUUCUACUUCUAGCACUAUUUUACACCACUUCAGCCCAACUCUCACCAAUUCAACCCCCUUCAACACCAUCACCGCCGUUACCCCAGCCCUCGCCGCCCUCGCCGCCCUCUCCGGCAACAGCACCGGCACCGGGAUUCAACACUGUCCCUCUUGUCCCGGUGACCCCAAGUGGGGCCCCUACACCCACGAUCAUCCCCAAAGGCCCCACCAUUGACAUAGUCCAAAUCCUAAGAAAAGCCAAAAGGUUCUCCGUUCUCACUCGCCUCUUGAAAACCACCCAACUCAUCAACCAACUCAACUCACAGCUCGUAACUUCAAGCUCGGGAGGGUUAACCCUCUUUGCACCGGAAGACAGUGCCUUCUCCAAACUCAAAGCAGGCUUCCUCAACUCUCUUACCGACAGACAGAAGGUGGAGCUUUUGCAGUUCCACACUCUCUCUUCCUUCAUUGCCAUCUCAAACUUCGAUACUCUUACCAACCCGGUUCAAACUCAAGCCGGUGACGACCCCCAGAGGCUGCAACUCAACGUCACCACUUUUGGAGGUAGCCAGGUCAGCAUGGCCACCGGCGCCGUCAACGCCUCCGUCACCGGAACCGUUUACUCCGACAACAAGUUGGCGAUAUACCAGGUGGACAAGGUGCUUCUCCCUCUCGAUCUCGUGCUACCCAGCAAGGCGCCAGCUCCAGCGCCGUCGUUGGCGAAAAAAGGGUUGCCGAAGGCUGAUAAAGGAAAUUCCACAGCGGCGGAUGAUAGUAGCACCGCCAGCGAUGAUGGCAGCGACGGGAAGGCUUUGCCCGCGGGUGUUUCCGCUGGUUGUUCGAUGAAAUGGGUGAAUAAGGUUGUUGUUGUUGGAGUGGUGGGUUUGGUGAGUGGAGUUAUGAUCUGAGGUAAGUGUGGAUGGAAUGAAAUGAGGGAUUGGAACUUUUUGUUGUGCAUUUGUGAGUGAUAUGUAUGCUUUGGUGCUUGGGGUUCUGGUUUAUGGGUAUAGUGUAGGGUGAAAAUGUAUGCAUGCAUGCAUGCCAUGAUGGGUUUUUCUUACUUCUUUUGUUUUUGUAAGUUGUUUCUUACUUCUGGUAAUUGAUCCAUUUCUGGCUUUGCAUAAUGAGAUGAUUUCGAGGGAUGUGAAGACAAAUUGUGUUAUUAUUAG